AUGCCUCGAAACCCCCCCGGUCCACCUGUUCCGCUAAGUAGCUGGCCAUGUGCAGGUGAGAGUGCCGUGCCAGCUGGCGCAUUCAGAGAAUUCCUCAAGCCAAACAGUGGCGUCCAGCUAAGCUUCAAACGGCAGAGGCUGACAUCGUUUAGUAAUGAUACGGAGAAUAUGCCUCUGGAUAGAACGUUGUCGUUUUUGAGACGUUGGAUGGUGAUGGUGACAGCAGCAGAGAAGCAGGGCCAUCCCUUCCCAGUGACGUUUGCAUGGAAAGCAAAGGAGAAUGAUGACUAG